UAGAUGUCAAAGCUGCCUUUUCCUCUUCAGACUGCAGUGAGGUAAAAAUAGAUUUCCUGUGGAAUACAUCUUCAUCUGCAUUCUGUCAGGGCAGAAAACAAAGGCAGUGGCAGGCAGGAGAUUCUGCGUACGUUUAGGAGCAGAAUGGAUGAGAUACAAAAACAUAAACAGAGGAGGCCAUCUGUGCUGCGUCACGUUCCACAAGCAGCUUCCAGACAACAACAUGACAGUAGUGGAUCUGGGUCUCUCUGUAAAGAGGAGGUGGAUACAGAUCAUCUUUCCUGGUCAAAUUCCUCUCGGACGCUGCCAAACCCAAGCCUUUAUCUUUUGUCACCGAGAGGAGACAAUGCAAAGCAACCUUCAGUCAAGAUUGGACUUAACAACGGGAUACCAGAAGGGAUGAGUGCACUGUUUGUGAGUGGUCUUUGCCGCUGGCCAGGCUGUGGAGUCAUAUUGGAAAAUUUCUCCACUUUCUUAAAGCACCUCCACUCUGAACACAGACACAACGACAAAAGCAUUGCUCAGUGGAGGGUGCAGCAGGAUAUCGUGCAGUACAUGGAACGUCAGCUUGUCCUGGAAAAGCAAAAACUUCUCGCAAUGCAACUUCAUCUUUCAGAGAACAGCUACUCUACCCUGGCUCAGGUGAUCAACGAAGACAGAAUCCAGCUGGGGGAACUCAAAAAUCCAAAUCAGACACUUCAACAUGACUGGACAGCUAAAGCCUCCACACACCUUCUGCCAGAUUUUUUUCCAGGUAUUGAAUGCUACAAAUACAACAACAUCAGGCCUCCAUACACCUAUGCUUACCUGAUAAGAUGGUCUAUCUUGGAGUCUCCAGACAAACAGAGGACUCUAAAUGAGAUUUACAACUGGUUUACUACCAUGUUCUUCUACUUCAGACACAACACAGCAACAUGGAAGAAUGCAAUACGUCACAAUCUCAGCCUUCACAAGUGCUUUGUGCGAGUGGAAGGAGAGAAGGGAGCUGUGUGGACCGUGGACGAAACAGAGUACCAGAGAAGGAAGGGGCAAAAAUAUCACCGAGACUGCCCAGUGAAGUGGCUGACUUCUUACUCCCAUUUCAGUUCAGAGGAGCCGACAGCAGCAGACAGCAGCACAGUGUCUCUCCUGUUGUCUCGAUGUUGAAGUCUUGUCCAGACUAUACAUUCUUGGAUUCAAAGUCAUUGCUUUUAUUUGAUUUUCUUAUUGUUUGUUGGCCUGGCCAUAUGUGUUAUGCUUGAAUUAAUGGUUGGUGGUUGUAUUAACUAAGACCACUUAUUACACAAACUGAAUUCUAAUUGUCCUUUUUUUUUAAAACCAGUAAAAGAUUAGGGUAACAAAACGAAGCCUUUACUUACAAUUUUUAUAUAGACCUGAAUUACAAAGAACCUUUAGUUUACAAAAAAUGAAAUGGGCCACAAUCACAUUCAGUCUGAUUCAUCCAAAGAUUAUAAUUGAAGUUGAUUGUGUUAAAUCCAGUAGAAGUGGGGGAAAAAAAAACUAACUUUAGAGCUGCAGUGUGAACCUGUUAUAAAUAAAAAGAUUAUUAUUUUUUUUACAUAUUUGUUGAAAUUGCCACUCUGAUAAUAGAAAUUCUGUGAAAAAAUUCAAGCUCCUCCUCAAAAUUAACCAAUCAGAACCAGGAGGAAGAUCUUAGCGCCGCUCGAUUUGCCAAUGACAAAGAGACAACUUACUGUCAUCGGUGGCUAUGCUAACCAGCCAUGCUAACCAGAGAGUAGGGCUGAGCGAUAUUGUCAGUGAAUGAUAUCACAAUAUAUAUCUUUAAAUAUAUUGAUAUCAACAUCACAGAUGAUAUCCCACAUUCUCUGCUUUUCUUUUCAUUUCAUUCUUUUUACUGGAUUUGCCCAAAUAUGUAACUUCACCAACUUCACCGCAUCGACGGGAAGAUGAACGAGGCCAUGUACGGCAAAAACCUGGAUGAAAACUUCCUCGCCUCGGUCAGGGCACCGCAAAUGGGUCCUGGGCGGGUCUUCCAGCAUGACAGCGACCCAAAACACCCAGCCAAGGAAACAAAGGAGUGGCUCCAGAGGAAGCAUACCAGCGUCAUGGAAUGGCCUCACCUCAAUCCCACUGAAGAAUCUAUGGAGAGAGCUGAAGCACGCCUAAAAACUUCAAGGAUUUGGAUUUGAACUGCAGGGAGGAGUUACUGUGUGCACACCUUAUAAAAACUAAAAGACACGUCUGGCUGCUGUGCUCGCCAACAAGGGUUUUGCCGCCAAGUAUUAAACGAUGUUUCACUGGGGGGUCAAAUACUUAUUUCCUUCUAUAAAAUGCAAAUUAAUUUCUUUCUCAUUUUACGUCAUUUUCUCAGUUUUCCUUUAGUGUCACUGUUAAAAUAAAGCGGGCAUAAAAUUA